AUGCAUUUCCACGGUAGCCGCUCGGGUAGCCACCUAAGAUAUCCGCAACGUCGUCCACCUAAACUUAGUGCAAUACCACGUUCUUAUGUUCCUGAUGAUGAAUCUAAAUACAGGUUACGACCUUGGGUCGAUUUAAGACCAUGGAUGAGCUCAGUUGAAGACCAAGAAGCUUUUGAAGAUUGUACAGCCGAAGCAAUCGCGGGCGCCUUAGAAUAUUUACUUAUGCGUUACCACAGCGAAGACCUGUUCGUGGAGUUUGAAGGAGAUGUUAGUCGUCGAUUCAUCCUUUGGGCUGGCACGAAGAUUAUUAAUGCUAAAGCACGACUCGUAGACAAGAAGAACAAUACGUGGAUAACAGAAGCAAUCUAUGGAUUAGUAGCCUCCGGUUUUUGCAGUGAAAAGCUCUGGCCACAUACAAUUGAAUACCCGGUACCGUCAAAGAAAGCAGUUGCACAAGCUAAAAGCAGAUUACCCCCCAACGCUUCGAGGAAAGGCUUAUCGUGGGGACCACAACGUGACCGUUAUCAUGUCGUCCUUGUAGUUGGUUACGAUGAUCGAACUGAACUUUUCUGCGUUCGAAAUUCGUGGUCACAAUGGUGGGGUUUUGGGGGUUAUUUCUAUAUACCGUACGAAUAUUUGGUUGACUCAAAAUUUAUGCAACAUGCUUCCAAUGGCAUAUGGGCAAUAUAUCAAAUACAAGGCAAUACAAGGCAAUCAAGAAAGCAUCCUGAAUUAUUAAGACUAAAUAACGAAUCCACUGGUGAUCCAUUUAUAUCUUCACCACUGGAUCCUAAUGUUGACCUACCUUACUGGGAACAGAACAGACGUUUAAUAGACUUAAAUAAACGUGGAAGAUGA